AUGGAUUUGGUUAACCACCUGUCCGACCGUCUGCUGUUUGCAGUACCGAAGAAAGGACGGCUCCAAUCAGCCACGCUCGAUCUCCUAGCAGGGUCCGAUGUUCAGUUCCGAAGAGAAACUCGACUGGAUAUUGCUUUGGUUAAGAACCUACCACUUGCACUUAUUUUCCUGCCCGCGGCAGACAUACCAACAUUCGUGGGUGAGGGAAAGGUUGAUCUGGGAAUCACUGGGAGAGACCAGGUUGCCGAGCAUGACACUCAUCUACCGCUCGGCGAAGAAUCUGGAGUGGUGGAGGUGAUGGAUCUGGGGUUCGGAGCUUGCAAGCUUCAAGUCCAGGUUCCGGAAAAGGGGCCCCUCCAAGAAGUCAAGGAUCUAGUAGGCAAGAACGUCGUAACCAGUUUCACCGGCCUUGCGGAAGACUACUUUGCUCGACUCGAAGGACACGGAAGUCGCAAAGAGAGCGUCAACGGAACCGAGAGCCCUGUUCCAAAAUUGAAGACGAAGAUCAAAUUCGUCGGUGGAAGUGUCGAAGCAGCCUGUGCCCUGGGCGUUGCGGAUGGGAUCAUUGACCUUGUGGAGUCAGGCGAGACAAUGCGAGCGGCGGGUCUAAAAGCAAUCGACACGGUUGUAGAAAGCACCGCUGUCUUGAUCAAGUCUAGAUCCGUCUCAAAUGAAAAGCUUGUCAGCCUGAUCGAAGCAAGAAUACGGGGGGUUAUCGCGGCUCAGAGAUACAUUCUGUGCCAGUACAAUGUACCGAGAGCCAAACUUCCAGAAGCAACCAAGAUCACACCUGGAAAGAGGGCUCCGACGAUAACAGCGUUGGAGGAACCGGAAUGGGUGGCAGUCAGCUCGAUGGUGGAGAAGAAGAAAAUCGCAACGGUUAUGGAUGACCUGACGAGUGUGGGGGCGACGGAUAUACUGGUGCUGGACAUCGCAAACUCGAGGACUGGGUAG